AUGGAUCCAAUCGAGUUUGCUGACCCCACAAAGAGCGAAUGUUCGCAGAAGAUCUUCAAGAUUGCGGACGUCGAUUUCUGGCAUUUGGAGGGAUGGGAGCCGUAUAACUUUGCCGAGGAUUGUUACAGUAAUGACUACAGUUUGACGACGGUUCAGAGGUUUUUGAGAAAUGUUUUGGCGGUGAAAGAGGCCAGAGAAAGUGGAGAACAGCCGCUGAUUAGUGAUGGAAUCAACAGAUUUGUGGAUCAGGGGGUAAGGAAAUUAGUUUUGAGUCAAGUGUUUCUCUAUGGAAAAACCAGUCUUUGGCCUUUAUUUCAAAAAAAAUAACUGUGCACAUUAUGGCCAAGUUCUCCUCGCAAAAUAAUACUUUGUUCAUUUUGGGUCAAGUCUUUCUUUUUUCUUCGAGUGGAACACUUGACCCAAAUCUUUGCAAAAUUGACCUGUAAUUUAUGCAUUUUGGGGUAACCCUAUUCAUUUUGAGUAAAGUAUGUAUUCCAAUCCGAAACCCAAAAUUUAUUUUGGGGCAAGUGUUUCCCCUCUUGAGUCAACUUUUUCUCACAGAGAAAGACUUGACCCAUUUUUUGGCAAAGCCCUCUAGGAUAUGGCCAAAUUUUUUCAAAAAUCAAUGUAUUACUAAAGCUGAAUGCCCCUUCCCAAUUAUCCUUGAAUUCUGAGUCAACUCUUCUUUUUUUGAGUCAAGUGUUUCAUUCAAUGGAAAGACUUGACCCGAUACUCGGCAAAUUUUUUUCAAUCAAAAAAUAAGUUUUUUUUGAGUCAAACAUAAUGUUUUCAGGCCCUCAUAAAUCCCUUGUCAUCAGAUGCCAGUGGUGGAUUCACUUGUUACAAAGGAGAAGCAAUUUCCAAAUAUCUGAAUGACCCAAAAGUUCAGAAAGCUCUUCAUGUGGAAGGCACAUGGCAGAACUGCGAGUAAGUGCUUGAAAAUAUUCUAAUUUGCCCAAAAAAUAGAUUGAAAUUGUUAAUUCGAGCUUUCAAGGGUCAGAGGAACACUUGACUCAGGAACGUGUCAAGUGUUCCUCUGACGCAAAAAGAACGUAUUUUAAAAAAAAUUGACCGUUAACAUACCAAAAAAAUUAUUUUUUAACGAAUUUUUAAGGGUCUAUGUUUUUUGCAUAGAAAUAAAAAUGCUUUUUCUUAGAAAACUUAUUUUUAGAAAAAAUGAUUUUUUUCAUAGAAAAAAACAUUUUUAUUUUAGAAAAGAAUGGGUUUUCCUUAGAAAGUGCAAUUUUUAGUAAACUUGUGUAUAAUAAUAGCAAAAAAAUUUUAAACAGUAACUAGUAGUAAAUUUUGUUAAGUAAUGGGGUAAAAUAGUAAGAGUAGUAACUUUUUGAGUGGAUAUUGGGGACUGGGGUAUUCGAUGGUGCUGAUUUCGAAAACAUAGCUUGUUUUUUGUGAUUUUGACUUUUUUCUUAAGUAGUACUGUAAAUUAGUAACAAUUUGUAUUGUUUAUGCCUCAAUGUCGGUUGAAAUCGAUUUCUUGCUCAUACUUGGGUUUACCCUUAUAUAACUCCAAACAAAUUCAUAUCCACUCAAAAAGUUACUACUCUUACUAUUUUACCCCAUUACUUAACAAAGUUUACUACUAGUUACUGUUUCAAAUCAAUUUUUGUUAUUUAUUAUACACAAAUUUACUAAAAGUUGCACUUUCUAAGGAAAAACCAUUCUUUUCUAACAAGGAAAGUACUUUUAUGGGGGCUCCUACUUUUUGACGGGACAUAUCUCAAAAAAUCAGAAAAAAUGUGCUGAUCAAGGAUAUAUAAAUCUUAGCUGCCCAUUUUAGGUUUUUAGGGGUGAAAACUCAAUCGGAAGUUGACUUAAAGUCCUAUAUGAACCCCUUUUCGCCUAAUUUUUCACGGGUUUACAAUUUUUAUUUUUGGCUUAAAAUGAUGUUUAUUGAGUUUCUAAGACGUAAUAAAUCAGUCUUGGCCCAAAAAUUUAUUUUUCCGACCUUCAUCUUCAAAAAAGUUGAUUCAGCCCAAAAGGGAAAUCGAACCCGUGCGGCGUUCCCCCUCUUGAUUCCCAGACUACGGCACUAACCACUCGGCCACACCGCUCUCUUCCGAAGGAAGAGACCGACUGCGCUUUUUAUCGUUUCGAAUGCAUGCGCCUUUUGUAGGGAAAUUGAGCCAGUUUUUGGCCAUUUUCACCCCUAAAAGCCCAAAAUGGGCAGCUAAGAUUUAUAUAUCCUUGAUCAGCACAUUUUUUCUGAUUUUUUGAGAUAUGUCCCGUCAAAAAGUAGGAGCCCCCAUAAAAGUACUUUCCUUGUAAAAUAAAAAUGUUUUUUUCUAUGAAAAAAAUCAUUUUUUCUAAAAAUAAGUUUUCUAAGAAAAAGCAUUUUUAUUUCUAUGCGAAAAACAUUUUCCCAAUUUUUAAUUUUUUUACCGAGGGAAACACUUGUCCCAGAACUGAGCCAAGUCUUUCUUUCAUCUUUUUCGGCCUAAAAACUUGUAAAAACUUAUUCCAAUAUAUUUCAGCGACUACGUGAACGAAGUCUACCUCCAAACCUACCAAGAUACGACCGAAGUUUUCAAAGAAAUCUUCGCAUCCAGCAAAAAUUUGCAUAUUUUGUUUUACAACGGUGACGCUGACGGAGUUUGCAACUUCUUGGGAACGGAAUGGUUCGUCGACGAGCUUCCAUUCAACUGGACCGCCAAAUCCAAACGAACCGAAUGGGUGUACACCAAAAACGACUUCAAUAAAACUUAUGCGGGCUUCCAAAAAACUUUGGCUUUGGAGAAUAUCCGGCUGGAUGUUGUGACAGUCGCCGGCGCUGGCCACAUGGUCCCGUUGGAUCGGCCUGGACCCGCUUUCCAGCUGUUUGAGAACUUUUUGAGGGCCGAGGAUAACUAUGGAAACGCUGUGAGCAUCAACGAAACGGGAUAUCCAAUUCGAAACAAAUAUUUGGAAAAAGUCCCGGAGAAAAGUAAGAAAAAUGGAUUGUAAAAUACGAGUAAUUUAGUGUAUAGCUUAAUUAAAAUCCUGUAGCAUAAACUAAAAAAAAAUUUUUUUGCACGGUGCGAAAAUUUCAUUUUUUAUUUCCUGCACUGUGCAGCUCAAAAACAUUGGAUUUUUACAUAAGAAACAAAAACAAUUUGCAUAUUUUUGGCAUUUACUAUUCAAUUAGAGUACACUCUUUCGCACUAUGCAAAAUUUUUCAAAAUUAUCUUUAUCGCACCGUGCAAAAAUUAAAUUUUUUGUUUUGCACUGUGCAAUUGAAAAAAUCGGUUUUCAGCACUGUGCAAUCCAAAAAAAUGUAACGUUUACACAGAGAAUGGAACAAAAAUUGCAUAUUUUUGGCAUUACCUCUUCGACUAGAGUCGACCUUUUCAUAUUUUGAAAACUUUUUAAAAUUUCCUUCGCCGCACCGUGCAAAAAUCUAUUUUUUUUUAUUUUGCACUGUGCGGUUGAAAGAAUCGGACUUUCUGCACUGUGCGACUCAAAAAAACGUAACGUUUCCAUAGAGAAUGGAAGAAAAUUUGCAUAUUUUUUGCAUUACCUUUUCGAUUAGGGUACACUCUUUCGCAUUUUCUAAAAUUUUCAAAAUUGUCUUCACCGCACUGUGCAAUUGAAAAAAUGGGAUUUUCUGCACUGUGCAACUCAAAAAAAUGUAACGUUUCCAUAGAGAAUGGAAGAAAAUUUGCAUUUUUUUGGCAUUACCUUUUAGACUAGAGUAGACCCUUUCAUAUUUUGAAAACUUUUUAAAAUUUCCUUUACCGCACCGUGCAAAAAUUGAAUUUUUUUGUUUUGCACUGUGCAUGUCAAAAACAUAGGACUUUUACACAGAGAAUGGAACAAAAGUUGUACAAUUUUUUUAUUUACUACUCUCCUAGAGUAUGCCCCUUCGUAUUUUACAAAAUUUUUCAAAAUUUCCUUUACCGCACAGUGCAAAAAUUGAUUUUUUUUUUAUUUUGCACUGUGCAGUUUUGAAAAAAAAACUUCGUAGGGAAUGAAAAAAAUUGGACUAAAAACUGAUUAAUAAUUAAAUUUCAGUCUCUCGAAAAGAAGCGGAUCGCAUUCAUUACCUCCCCGGACUCACCUACGACCCCAAAUUUGAGCAAUACAGUGGCUAUCUGAGGGCGACCAAGGGAAAUUACUUGCAUUAUUGGCUGGUGAAGUCUCAAAACAACCCCAGAAAUGAUCCACUGAUCUUGUGGCUGAAUGGAGGGCCUGGCUGUUCGUCUUUGAUGGGGCUACUGGUUGAAUUGGGGCCUUUCCGACCAAAUCCGGAUGGUCUGACUUUGAGUGAAAAUGUGUUUGGAUGGAAUAAGGUGAGGAAAUUAGGGGGUUUAAAGAGUAAAAAAAAGAUAUUUUUUGGAAAUUUUAAAGAAAAUUCAAAAUUUUUUAUGAUUUUUUGACGGAAAAGAAAUUUGAAAAAAAAUAUUUAAAAUGAUAUUUUUUGAUUUUUUUGAAAAAAAAAAAUUUUCCAGAUUUUUUGGAUUGUGAAAAUAAAAAAAAAAUUUUUGAAAUUUCGAAUAAAAUCAAAGAUUUUUAUGAUUUUUAACCAAAAAAAUUUUGAAAAAAAUAUUCAAAAUAAAAUUUUUUGAUUCUUUUAAAAAAAAAAAAAUUUUUUUCACAGAUUUUUGAAUUGAAAAAAUCAAAAAUUAAAAAAAAAAUUUUUUUUUUCUGUCAAAAAAUCUCAUUUUCAGGCGGCGAAUGUCCUUUUCCUCGAAGGCCCACGAGAUGUUGGGUUCUCAUAUCAGAACGCCACGGAAAACGAAGAUCACACUUACAGCGAUGAAAAGACCGCUGAGGAUAAUUAUCAAGCCCUGAAAGACUUUUUCGAGGAAUAUCCGGAGUUCAAACGAAGAGAUUUUUAUAUCAUGGGAGAGUCCUAUGGUGGUGUGUAUGUCCCGACUUUGACUGCCAGAACUAUUAAAGUAAGGAUGAAGGUUAACGAGCGUAUUUUACAAAACAAAAUUCAAUGAUUUUCCUCUUUGCACGGUGCAAAAAUUGAAUUUUUUAAGUUUGCACUGUGCGAUGGAAAUUUUUCAAAUUUUUGCUCGAUGUGGCAACAAAUAUACCCUAAUCUUUUUGCGUACUAACCCAAAAUAGCCGGUUUAUACCCUGUGCAAUUUUAUUUGACCAAUUUUUCUUUUGCACAGUGCAGAAAAUCCGAUUUUUAAAAACGCACAGUGCGGAGGCUUAGGUCUGGAUUUUUUGCACAGUGCAGAGGAAAAAUCGGCCUAAAAAUAAAUUGAAAAUACAACUAGGUAUUGUCUGCUCAAUAUUAGACCGUUUCUAAGCCAUGUUUUUCAUUGCACCGUGUAAAAAUUGCCUCAAAGUUUGCUGCACAGUGCAAAAAACAAAAGUUGGAAAUUUUCGCACUACGCAGGGAAAAUUUACUUUCAAAAACAGUGUCAAUUAAAAAAUCAACCAAUUUUUACAUUUCACAUUACUCAGUAUCCUCCUUUCCCACCGCACGGUGCAGAAAAACACUUCAGAGUUGGCUGCACAGUGCAAAAAACAAAAGUUGGAGAUUUUCGCACUGUGCAUGAAAAAAUUAUUGCCAAAAUAGUGUAAAAUAAAAAAAAUCGACCAAUUUUUACAUUUCACAUUACUCAGUGUCACCCAUUCCCACUGCACUGUGCAGAAGACCAAUUCAAAAUCUGCUGCACAGUGCAAAAAACAAACGUUGGAAAUUUUUGCACUGUGCAAAAAACAAAACUUGGAAAUUUUCGCACUGAGCAUAUAAAAAUUACUUUAAAAAACAUAAUCAAAUAAAAAAAUCGACCAAUUUUUUCAUUUCACAUUAUUCAUUGCCCCCUUUUCCCACCGCACAGUGCAGAAAACCAAUUCAAAAUCUGCUGCACAGUGCAAAAAUAAAAAAUCUUUUUUUACCGCAUAUUUUUAGGGCAUUCAAAGUGGUGACAUGAAGGACGUGAAUCUCGUCGGAAUGGCGGUCGGAAACGGAAUUCUCUCAUCAAUCGAGCAGAUGCGCUCCAACGCCCCAUUACUCUACCAUCGGGCGCUGAUCGACAAAUCCGAAUGGGAUCAGUACUUCUCGUGCUGUGAGGGCGACUACAACCAUCUCGCCGAAUGCGAUAUCACCAAAUUUAUUUAUGUGAACUCCUCGGGCGAUGCGAAUCCGCGAAAUUCGAGUGACGCGUGUUCGGUUACUGUAACAAAACUGGCUCAAAGACAGUGGUUUUUGAAGGGAAACAAUGUGUACAACAUUCUGCAGGACUGUUAUCAACAAAAGGAAGCGGUGUUCGGGAGUUUGGAGACGAUGAAAAACAAAUAUGCCGGCUGGAUGACGGCUAGGGUAAGAUUUUGGGUAAAAUACGUGCUCUGCCAUGUUGUUUCAUAUUAGAAGGCAGUAUUUUACUUUCAACGAGUAUUUUCUGUCAUUUUUUGCCCAUUUUAGCCAUUAAAACAGAAUGCCACAAACUUCAGGUUUUCGCUGCGGGACCAAUUUCAUGUUAAAAUAUGGCAGAUUUACUUCUGAUUCACAAAGUAUAGGGCGCGUAUUCACCUUAGACGAUCAUUUGGGCCCUGAAAACAGAAUGCCACAAACUUCAGGUUUUUGCUGCGGGGCCUAUUUCAUAUCAAAAUACAGUAGUUUUAGUGCUGAUUUAAUAUUCACCUUAGAUGACCAUUUUGGCUAUUAAAACAGAAUGCCACAAAUUUCAGGGUUUCUCUGCGAAACCAAAAAAAUUAAGCUGAAUUUUUGAUGGCGUUAGGGUAAAAUACGUUAUUUAAAAAUAAUAAAAACAAUAAAAUGAGUGUCAGACUUUAUCAUAUGUUUAGUUCAACCCAAAUCUCCACCAAAAACUCACUUUUUCAUAUAAAAUUAUAUUACACUAGACAUCUGUUCCUAAACUCAAAAAAAUCAAUUCUUUUAGUCCUCAGAACCGCCUGUCAAUGGUCAGUUCGGAGUGAACACGAUUAAUAACAUCUUUUCCACCGAUAAUCAAGGAGGAUUCACCUGCUACGCAAACGCCGCAGCCGAAAAAUGGCUGGAAUCCAAAGAUGUGAGAAAGGCCCUUAAUGUCCCGAGUUACGUCCAGCCAUGGCAUCCUUGUAACGACACCAUCAAUCAGAACUAUCAGCAACAGCAUAAUGACACAGGCCCAGUUUUUGACGAGAUAAUUGAGUCCGAAUACCCGUUGAGAGUUUUGAUUUAUAACGGAGACACUGACCUGGGUAUGUGGAUAAGACUGUUUUUAUGGAGGGUUUCUAAUCCUUCUACAACAAAUUUUUCCAAAUUCAAGUAUUUUUACCGACUGCACAGUGCAAAAUUAAAAAAUUUUAUUUUCGCACUGUGCAGUUGAAUUUUUGGAAGACAAAAAUUUUUCAUCUUAUCAUGCACUGUGCAUCAAUCCAUGAUUUUUUCGCGGCACAGUGCAGUGAAACCUUUUUUUUUGAGUUGCACGGUGCAAAAUGAAAAAUUUUACUUUUCGCACUGUGCAGUUGAAUUUUUGGAAAAAUUCCACUGUGCAAUCACGAAAAUUUUUCGUUUUAUAAUGCACAGUGCCUCAAGUUACAAUUUUUUCAUGGCGCAGUGCAACAAAACACCUAGUUUUUCCGCACAGUGCAGUAAAAAUCCUAAAUCUUCUAUUUGCACUGUGCAAUUAGAUUUUUUGAGGUUGCACUGUGCAAUCUGUCACCAACAUUGUUUGCACAGUGCAAAAUUUCCAAAUUCCUGUCAGUGCACAGUGCAAUGGAAGAUCUGAUUUUUUCGCACCGUGCAAAAAUUGGAUUGUUUCUAAACGCUCAAAAAGCAGUAUUUUUAUGCAUGAAGUGACGAAAAGAUACUAUAAACCCACCAAAAAAAGUUUCUUUUUCAGCCUGUAACUUCCUCGGUGACCAAUGGCUAGUGGAACGAGUGGCCAAAAAACACGGCCUCAAGACCUCUCGGCCAUACAAUCCAUGGAACGUCAAAGGUCAAAUCGCGGGAUAUGAGAAGCAAUUCUCAAACAAAAAAGUCAGCAUCGACUUGUUGACAGUGAAAGGGGCGGGGCAUUUGGUCCCAUUGGAUCGCCCAGAGGCAUCUUUGCAAAUGAUCAACAACUUUAUUGGAGAAAAAGACUACAGCGAUGAGAUUACUGUCAUAACAAAGGAGAAACCACUUCGAGAAGCCUAUCAGAUCAAGGAGAAGGUCAGUUGGUAUAAUACAUAAAAAAUUAUUUUUUUUUGAUUUAGGGGUAGAAAAUGUGUAAGAACAACGAAAAAGAUGUUAAAAAAUUAUGCUUAUUUUACAAUUUUAUCUAUAAAUCAAAAAAAAUAAUCAAAAGUUAUACAGGGUGGGGUGUCUUUGUGGCCCCAUUUGGAUUGGCUAUAACUUCUUUAGUUUUUGGCGAAAUCUUAAAAUUCUUUUUUUCCCUGAAGCCUCAGACAACCCCAUUUUGUUUGAUACCAAAUUUGUUAUACUCCAUUUUUGGACACACCGGGAAAGACCGAAAAAACAACCGAGAAACGCCCGAAAAAAUGAACUCCAAGAAUAAAUCCAAUAACUGCAGAUGACACUUGCCUAUGUCAUUUUAAAGGUCUUAUUACGAUAAUUAAUCACUGCACAUCUCAAACUAUUCCGAGUUUUCUUUUUUGAGUAAGGCAGCUUUCUUGUAAAAAGACCCCACGAGCAGAAGGGUCCGAGUCAACCGGAUAUAUUCAUGUCGUUCUAGACAGACGAGCGUCGUACAACAAAACUAUCGGUAAAUAAAACUACCCUAACGUGAUACUGUAAUCUAAAUAAGGAGUCACUCAUGAAUCUUAAUAAGUCGCAGAAAAAACGGGAAAUCUUUUGUCUCCGUUAUUUUGGGUCACCCUGUAUAACAUAUUUGGUAUCAAACAAAAUGGGGUUGUCUGGGGAUUCAGGGGAAAAAAGAAUUUUAAGAUUUGGCAAAAAACUGAAGAAGUUAUAGCCAAUUCAAAUCGGGCCACAAAGAUGCCCCACUCUGUAUUAGACAUGGCUCUCGGGCCGGCCCGGGCCGAAAAUCGCGGCCCGGCCCGCGGGCCGGAAGAGGUCGGCCCGGCCCGGCCCGUUUCAAUUUUUCUUCGGCCCGGCCCGGCCCAGCCCGCGGCCCGGCCCGGGCCGGCCCGAAAAUUAAGGAAAAAUAAAAAACCUUCCUACGCUAUUAGAAAAGACAUACUUUUCUUUAUUCAAGCAACUAACAAUCAAUUUUUUAAAGCAAAAAAUAACCAACCAUCGCAUUGCCUUGUUAAAAUUAAUCAAAAAUUUACCGAGGUACUUUUUCAGACUAUUAAAAAUUGUCCCAAGAUGAAUUUUAUAGAUUCAGUAAAGGUGGAACCAAUUUUAUCAAAUUUUUCGUCAGAUUUCCAACUUUCAGAUGAUAGUGUUACUUCAGACGACUUCCUAAUUGUGUUUAGAAAGAUGUCGAUUACGUUUAUUUUGGGUAGUUGCUCAAACAAUUACUACAAACACUGAUAUACUUUACUUCUUCAUAGAUUUUUCUAUAGUAAAAUUACUUAUUAUUAAUGAUUUUUGAAUACUUCCCUGCUUUAUUUUUAUAAAAUUAUACUUACUGUAUGAAAAAUGUCGACCCCAUUAUUGGCUUUGCGUUCUAAUUUUAUUGGCAACCCAACUUUUCGCUUUGAAAUUCAGAACUUUAAUUUUGCCGGGCCGGCCCGGGCCGAAAAUUGCGGCCCGGCCCGCGGGCCUGAGGAGGUCGGCCCGGCCCGGCCCGUUUCAAUUUUGCUUUGGCCCGGCCCGGCCCGGCCCGAACACCGGCCCGGGCCGGCCCAGCCCUGCAGCCAAGUCUACUCUGUAUUACAGUGAGGGAGCUGAUCCAGUGGCAAAAAACGUCCCAUUUUGCAUCCAGGAAGGGACCAAAAUGUCUCCAAACCCUUCCCUUCUCUAAGCUAAAAAACUCCGUUUUGAAAAGCGCACCAUUUCCUUCAAGGCGGGCCUUUCAAAACGGGGUUUUUUAGCUUAAACAAGGGAGGUAUUUGGAGACAUUUUGGUCCCUUCCGGGAUGCAAAAUGGGACGUUUUUGCCAUAGGAUCCAGUCCCACCCUGUAUUACUUUAGACAUCAAAGACUGAUUUCUUUUCAGUUUGCUGAUGCUGUUGGGAAUGUCAGUCCGCUUGACCUGUUCUCUCGGGAUAAUCUUCACAUCACCGCCGCCAAUGAAUAUUAUAAACGGCGGAGACCUCGAGAUGACAAGAAAAUAGAAAAUCUCGUCAAAAAAAGUGCCGUGCUCCCUCCUCCAAAGCCUGGAAGUGCGAGUGCGGACCUUAUUCGCUUCACAACCUCCGAAUUCACCUUCCAAGACGCGCCUCCCCAAUGGUCGGGGUAUUUGAACGCCCGCGACGACGUGCAUCUGCAUUACUGGCUGAGUCGGCACAACACCGACCCCAGCGCGCCUCUAAUCCUCUGGCUGAACGGCGGACCCGGCUGUUCGUCGUUGGGCGGGCUUUUCAAGGAGCUCGGCCUCUUCCAUGCCACGAGAGAUGCCCAAAGACUGGAUCAGAAUCGGUUCUCCUGGACCAAAGUCGCGAAUGUUUUGUUCCUCGAGGCGCCGCAAGGCGUCGGCUUCUCGUAUUCGUCGAAUCCGAACAAAACCGAGCCGUAUGAUGAUGAUCGAACCGCGGCGGAAAACGCGAAUGCCUUGGAGAAGUUCUUGGAACGAUUUCCCGAGUUCAAAGGACGACCGUUUUAUGUUACUGGCGAGAGUUAUGGCGGGAUUUAUGUCCCAACUUUGGUCAGGGAAAUUUUGAGAAGGAAAACGGUAAGGUUUUUUAUUGGUUUUUUACGUUUUUAGACACGUUGCGGAAAUUUUUUGGUUUUGCACAGUGCGGUCAAAAACUUUUGAAAUUUUUGCACUGUGCAGAGAAGUGUGAUGGCCAUGAUGUAGUGUCAUGGAUUAACAAGAAAUUUUGGAGCGAAAUCUUUUUGAAAUUUUUGGAUUUUUUGAUUUCUGCACUGUGCAGUAAAGAUUUUUGACGCUGCACUGUGCGGUGCCAAGCGCUUGAAAUUUUCGCACUGUGCAGAGCAGUAUGAUGGCCAUGCUGUUGUGUCAUGGAUUAACAAGAAAUUUUGAGGCGAAAUUGGUUUGAAAUUUUUUAUUUUUCCAAUUCUGCACUGUGCAGUAAAGAUUUUUAAUUUUCGCACUGUGCGGUUAAAAUAUUUGGGGCUUUUGCAGUGUGCAACGAAUUUUGAUGAUUUUUUACGCAAUAUUAUGCGUCCGAACGGAAAUUUCGGGAUUAAAUUUAAAUUUUUCUGACUUUUAUUAUUUUGCACUGUGCAUUGAACAUUUUUAUCUUUUGCACAGUGCGGUAAAAAUGAAAAAAAAUCGAGUUUUUCGAAAGUGAAAUUUUGAUUUUUUUUUUUUUUUUUUUGAAUUUUGUUUGUCCCCAUGCUUUUUUACGGGUCUCAAAAUUAAAAUAUUUCUGUUUUAGACCCCCAAUUCCCCAAUGAAAGACCUCAACCUGAAAGGAUUUGCGAUUGGAAACGGAAUGCUCAGCAGGUUUGACCAGGUCAAUUCCGCUGUCCAUCUGAUGUAUUACCGAGGAUUCUACGACAGAGAGUAUGUUUUUUCCUUUUUUUAUUCAAUGUUUUGGUAUUUACUUCAUUUUUUUUAAAUUUUUUCGCACUGUGCAAUCAUGCAAAAUUAGAAAAGUUUAAUUUCGACCUUACAGGACUUACGAAGAGAUUCUCUCAUGUUGUAACGAUACCAGACGUCCAGAAGAGUGUAAUCUGAGCAGUUACGUCCACUUCAAGGAGAACGGGGAUUCGGAGCCAAGGCACUUUGAAGACCCUAAAUCAGCGCGUUGUGCUGAGCUGGUGGAUCAGUAUGGCUUCUGGAAGAUUUGGGAGUCAACGUAGGUUUUAUUUAACCAAUUUGAACUGGUUUGUCUACCGUUUGGGCAAUACUUUUUAUAUUACACUUGACAAAAUUUGGAGAUUUUUUGAGGUUUUAGAGGUGCUUUGGUAGAGUUUAUUUGUUGCUUUGAUACUGUAGAGACUUGUAGGAUCGCUGUUAAGCCAUUUCCAUCAAAAAUCGGCCUUGCAACGGAAUGCCAAAAUUUCUAAAAUUUGGCGGGAAUUCAAAAAUUUGAAUUUUAAAUGAUCGAAUUUGGCUUCUAAAUGGUUUUUAUUACAUUCUACCGUAUUUUAGUUAGUUAUUUUUGAUUGUAAAAUACGAUGUUGAAGGUUAGGCCUUGAUACUAUAAUAUAAUAGAUAGUACAAUUAAAAAUGAUGCCUUCAGUUGUUAAUGCAGUUGGUUUGGUGCACAGUACUGCUCAAAAAACAUGUUUUUAGCGCUUGGUACUGCAUAGUACGAGGUGGUACUAUAUAGCACGAGGUAAAAAUUAAGCAACAUUUAGUAGUACCUCAAUAAAAAUUUCCGAUUUAAAAAAUUUCAGAGUAUCGGUGUACAACAGCUACCAAGACUGUUACAAAGACGACGCUUCCUCAUCCUUCAAGUCAGUAGUGAAUGCAGCAGCAGGAAAGAAAGUGUUCAGAACGAAAAGGUCAGCCGGAUUCAAGGAACUCGGCCUCUCCGAAGAUUACACUUUUGUUGAUGAAGCAGUGAGUUUUUUGUUGAAGUUGGGUUUGAUUUUUAAGAAAUAGUUAUUGGGGUUUUCUAUAUGAUAGAUUUUAUGUUUGGUUUGGCCCGGAAAGCGAAAUUUUGUUACUUUUUUAUGCACUGUGCAAGCUGUUUUUCAUUUAUUUUUUGCACUGUGCAAGGGUUUUUUUAACUUUUUUGCACUGUGCAGUGGAGCUGUGAAGAAAUUUUUGGAAUAGUGUCCGAAGAGGAGGAUAUUGGUCUUCACUAUUGCCUCAGGGCAUUUUUUAUUUUUCUCUCUUUUUUGCACGGUGCGAUAAAGGAUUUUCUAAUUUUGGAUCGCACCGUGCGGUUAAAAGUAAAAAAUUUUUUUUCAUGUCAAAAAUGUAUGAGAAUUUUCGGCACAGUAGAAAAAAAGAAAAACUUUGAUCUUAUUUAUGCCCGAGGAAAUAAAUUUUUUAAUUUUUUUCGAUUGCACUGUGCAGAAAAAAGAUUUAUUUUUUAUUGCACAGUGCAAAUUUUUUAUCGAUUUUUUAUCAAACUUUUGACUUCAGAAACUCUACAACAAACACUCGACCGACGCCCAUGGCGGAUUCGAAUGCUACGACAGCGAAGUGACCGAGAAAUUCCUGAACAAAGCCGCAAUCAAGAAGUUGAUACAUGUGAAUCGAGAGAUCAAAUGGGAAGGCUGCAAGUGAGUGGAAAAUAAAAUUUUUUUGAUUCAAUUUAGUGAUGAAAUGAACCAAAAUUACAUCCAACAGAACCAUGACACCCGCCCCGUCUGGGACGAGAUCUUGGAUUUGCUGGAAAAACUGAAAAUCACCAAUUUCAAGUCGCUGGUCUACAAUGGAGACGCGGAUUUGGCCUGUGAAUACCUUGGAAAUGAAUGGUUUCUUUAUCGGUAAGCUCAUUUUUGGAGCUGAUUUUUGGUUUUCUUCGAUUUUUAUAAAAGUCCAAAAAAUCCGUCAUGAUGACAUUAAUUAUGUCACCUAAAGUGGGGAUGUUACCGUUUGAAAAUUUUUUAUAUGGCUGCUUUAGAACGUAGAACACAGGCUAGUAAAAAGUUUUGGGAUAAAAUGAGUAAUUGAAGAUGUCAUCAUGACGGAUUUUCUGGAAAUUUGGGAAAAUUGAGGGAAUUUGACGAUUUUAAAGAGCGAUAAAAAUAAAACGGCUUUUUGAACGCAUGAUAAUUCUUGCUGAUAGAGAAUACAUCGAAAACAAUAGUAAUUAAAUGAGUCAUUAUGACGCAUUUUCUGGAAUAUCCAAAAAAUUCCUGGAUUUUGGUCAUCUAUUGGGCGGAUAAAAAUUUGUUACGUUCUGAGUGCCAUAACAAGUCCCAUGGCGAAGUUUAAUGUUGAAAAAAUGAGAAACAAAACAUGUAAUGAUGACUUAUUUUUUGGAAAUUUGAAAAAUCGUAAAAAAAAUCUUUAAUAAUUGUAAAAUACGAUGAAUUUCUGAGCCGUUCGUUUCAGACUAGCCACAGAAAGAGGCCUCCUGCCCAAGCCGGCCGAGCCCUGGACCUUCUCCGAGCCCAAGAAGACCUCCGGCCUCUACUUCCCGCGAAUGGCCGGCACCGUCCGCCAAUUCCGCAACAAUCGCACCUCUCUGGACUUUCUCACCGUCAAAGGAGGCGGUCAUUUCGUCCCGCAGGACCGCGCUCCCAUCGCCCUGCAAAUGAUCGCAAACUUUGUUCGCCAAAACUCCGCCCGCAUUAACUACAGUACCCCGCUGAGUUGGGAGGAUCUGAAAUUAUUGCCGGCCAAGCCGUCGGCUUCGUACAUACCAAAGCGUGAGUUUUUUUGGGAAUUUUUGAGUUUUUUUUUUUUUUUUUUUUUUUAUUUUUUUUUUGAAUUUAUUGCGUAAAAUACGAAUUCUUUUAUUUAAAAAAAAAUGUUUAAGGGAAAAAAUUGAGAUUAGAAGUUUUUGAGGUAUUUUUUACAGCAUUUUAGAACUUAUUUAUUUUUCGGAAAAAAAAAUUAUUUUUUUUUUAUGUUUUAUUCCUAUUUUCCAGCAUAUUUAAAAAUUUUUUUGACAAAUUUUUUUUUUAAAUUUUUCAAUUUUCUGAUCGAUACUCAAAAUUUCAGCCCCGCGCCGAGCCAUGGACAAGAUCUUCAACCUGCCCGGCCUCACUUUCCAGCCCAAAUUCGAGCAACACUCUGGAUAUUUGAAUGUCUCCAAGGGAAAUUACCUUCAUUAUUGGUAAGAAAAAAAUGAGAUUUUUGGGGGAAAAUUGAAGGUAAAAUACGCAGAAGCAGACAUUGUAGUUGAAGUGGGUAAAAUUUGUUUAUGGUGAUUUUUUAAAAUUUUUUGUCGUUGCAUAGUGCGAAACUUUAAUGUUCAAUUUUUGUGCACGGUGGGAAAUUUCUCAAUUUUUUUUGCACAGUGCGAAAUUUUAAUGUUGAAUUUUUGUGCACGGUGCAAAAUUUUAGUAUUUAUUUUUUUUCGCACAGUGCAAAAUUUUCGAAUUUUGUUUGCACAGUGCGAAAUUUUAGUAUUGAUUUUUUUGCACAGUGCAAAUCUUCCAAAUUUUUGUUUGCACCGUGCGAAGUUUAAGUAUAGAUGUUUUUCGCACGGUGCGGAAUUUUUGUUUGCACUGUGCGAGAUUUUAGUGCUCAUUCUUUUCGCACGGUGCGAAAUUUUAGGAUUGAUUUUUUUCGCACAGUGCGAAAUUUCUGGAUUUUUGCACAGUGCAAGAUUUUAGCAUUGAAUUUUUGUGCACUGUGCAAAAUUUUAGUAUUGAUUUUUAUUUGCACAGUGCAAAAUUUUUGAAUUUUUGUUUGCACGGUGCAAAAUUUUUGAAUUUUUGUUUGCACGGUGCAAAAUUUUUGAAUUUUUAUUUGCACAAUGCGAACAAAAAUUUUUUUACUACGCACUGUGCACGCUAAAAAAAAAGAUAUUUUUUGCACUGUGCCGAAACCAAAUUUUUUUAUUUUUUCCCCAUUUGUGCCCCUCUUUCUUUCAGGUUUGUCGAAAGUCAAAAGAAAAACGCCCCCCUGCUCCUGUGGCUGACCGGCGGACCGGGCUGCUCGUCUUUGGGCGCGCUCUUCGGCGAGAAUGGCCCAUUUUACGUGAAUCCGGACGGGCAGACGCUGUUCGAGAACGUGUUCUCAUGGAACAAAGUGGCCAAUGUGCUGUACAUUGAGUCUCCGCGAGGCGUCGGCUUCUCGUAUCAGGACCAUGAGGACAAUAAGGACACCAAUUUCAAUGAUGAAAAGUCUACGGAGGAUGUUCUCCUUGCCCUGAGGGAAUUUUUGAAAAUUUACGAAAUCAAAAAUGAUUUUUAUAUCACUGGAGAGAGCUAUGCGGGCGUUUAUGUACCCGCAUUGACGAGGAGGAUUCUUCAGGAGCUGGACAAGGAGAAUCGAGGCAUUUUUUAUGGGGUACCACUGGAUUUUAAAGGAUUUUUGGUUGGAAAUCCGUAUGUGAGCGUCGAAGGAGCGGUAAGAAUGAAUUUUUUGGAGAGUUUUGGCAAUUUUGAGGGGAUUGAAUGGGCUUGGGAAGGGUUUUGAGCGGGUUGGGAGAUUAAUUUAUAUUGUAGUAGACAUAAAUUUUUGAUUUUUUUUAUAUUGUAGUAGUCUAGGGGUAAAAAAAUUAGGGCGUUUUAGGCCCUUGGGCAACUGUGGAUAGUAUUUAGGACCAUUUUCUGCACUUUUGGACAUUAAUUUAUAUUGUAGUAGAUAUAAUUUUUUUACUUUUUUUAUAUUGUAGUAGUGUAAAGAUGAAAAAUUUAGGGAGUUUUAGGAACUUUGGCAACUGUGGUUAUUAUUUAGGAUCAUUUUCUGCACUUUUGGAUAUUAAUUUAUAUUGUAGUAGGCAAAAAUUUUGCGAUUUUUUUGUAUUAUAGUAAGUAAAAAUGAGGAGAAACGGAACAUUAUCGAAAGCUAAGGUCACAUAUGGGCUUCUGAAUGAAUUUUUGUUUGUAUUGAAGAAUUUUUGGACAUCAAUUUAUAUUGUAGUAGGUAAAUAUUGUCAAAAAAGGUAUAAAAUUUUGCAAAAUUUUGGUUCUUCACAGUGCAAUUGGACCGUAAAUCAAUGUUUAUGGACAAAAAAACUAUUUUUUUCUUUUCAGCGCGCCACUAGAGUCGAUUACAGCUACACACAUGGUCUCAUUGGUAAAAAGUAAGCCGAAAAAAUGCCAAAUUCUUUUCCAAGUUUUGUUAUAAUACCUGAUUUUGUCUUUCAGAGAGUUCCUUUCGAUCCGGAAGGAGUGUUGUCCCGACUCGAAAACCGAACUCUGCCCAAUGCCCGUGAAUUUGACCGAAACUUGCGAUAAAAAGAUGAGAGAAUUGUGGAGCAUCGAGAGUUUCGACCCGUACAAUCUGAUUCAACAGUGCUACGAACACACUGGCAAGUCGGUCCUCAUGCAACGCGAUAAUGGAGUGAAGGUAGGCGACAUUUUAUACGAAAAGUUUGGUUUUGGAAAGAAAUUUUGAAUUUUUUUGGCAUUGUGUUGCAAGGGAAAAUAAAAUUGUGUUCUUGAUGGAUUUAGAUGAUAUUUUAGGAUCAUCUUAUUUUGAAAAUCGUUUUUGCGGCAAAAUAAAUUUGAAAUUUUGAAUUUCCCGCCAAAUCGCAAAGCCCUUGGCAUUCUGUUUUAGGUGGGGUAAAAUUAGUUUUAGUUGCCUAGAAAGCAUUCAUGAAAAUUUUAAUUUAUUUUUGACUAUUUUUUAGUCGAAAAUUUGAUUUGAAAUUUGAAUUUCCCGCCAGAUUUCAAAACCCUUGGCAUUGUGUUGCAAGCUUUUGAAAGGUCCUUUAAUGCUCUCUAAAACGAGUAGAAGGGUUUUUAGGACCUGCAAAAUCACUUUCUCAGCUUUUUCGGUACUUGAUGCACAAUGCCAAGAAUUGAAAUUGUUAGCGGGAAAAUUGAAAUUUGAAUUUUUGGCUAAAAAAUCAGUAAAAUUAGAUGUAAUUUCGCUAUUUUAUUCCCAGCAAACACUUUUAUCAUCGAUUGAAUCGCUUUCCUUGGCCCAAAAACACUAUCUCGAUGGAGAUUUGGCCACCGCUUCGCAUCACUCCCUGAGGGCGCGGAUCAAUUAUGCCUCAUCGGACGCAAAUGGAGGCCUUCGAUGCUAUGUGUUCGACAAGAUGACCGACUAUUUGAACCAAGAACACGUCCGAGAAGCAAUCCAUGUCCCAAAAUUUGUUCAGGACUGGGAAAUGUGCAGGUAAAUAGCGAUUUUGACUGGGAAUAGUUGAAAUUUCAGCGAAAAAUCAAUUUAAUUUGAUUGAUUGCACAGUAAGUAUUUCUUCUAGUAUAGUUCUGUAGCUUGCAUAACGCAAAAAUUGAAAGAAUUUAGAGGUUUAAAAUUUUCGCACCGUGCGGCGCGUUUUUUAGCCUAUUUUGGCGUCCGCACAGUGCAGAAAAUUUUGAAAUGCAAUCUCUCGGAAAUUGCACGGUGCAAUAAAUUUGGAAAUGCGAUUUACCGAAUGACAUCACUGUCUAAAAAGUUUCAAAAAUUUUUUUUUAAUUUUUACUGUUUAAUUCUGUGAAAAAUCGAUUUUUUGGAUUUUUUGCACUGUGCAGUAAAAAAUAAAUUUGUUGCUUUGGAAAGAGCACAGUGCAAUGAUUUUGAAAUAAUUUUUGGCUCUGUAAAAUUAAUUUUAUUCCGCAAUUUUCACUUGAUUUUACAAUUUUUUUGAUUUUCGAAAAAUUUUCAGCGGCGGAAUUGGCGACAACUACACCAUGCAAUUCAACACUGCAGAUGGAGAUAUGUCGCAAGUGUUCUAUGAUAUCUUGGAUUCAAAAUACGCGAAAGAAAACAAGGAUGUCUUCAAGAUGAUGAUUUAUAAUGGAGAUACGGACCUGGUGUGCGGCUUCAAAGAAGCCGAAUAUUUUGUGGAAAAAUUGAGCCAGAAUUACAAAGGAGAGGCUAGUGUGAGGAAUUUGCAAUUUUUGGCUUGAAAAAUUUGAAUAUUCAAAAAAAAUUAAUUAAAAAAUUUGAAUAUUCAAAAAAUUAAUUAAAAAAUUUGAAUAUUCAAAAAAAUUAAUUAAAAAAUUUUAAUAUUCAAAAAAUUAAUUUAAAAAUUUGAAUAUUCAAAAAUUAAUUUAAAAAUUUGAAUAUUCAAAAAAUUAAUAAAAAUUUGAAAUAUUUUAAAAAAUUAAUUAAAAAAUUUGAAUAUUAAAAAAUCAAAUUUUUUAUCCUACUACAACAUAAAUCCCCCCAAAAUUUUCAGGUGACCAUCCCCCGCCAUCCCUGGUAUGCCCAACUCCCCAAAAAUGGCAAAAAAUCGGUGGCCGGCUUCCGAAAACAGUUCAAAUUCGACGGAAUUUCCUUGGAUUUGGUCACAAUCAAAGGAAGUGGCCAUUUCGUCCCGUUGGAUCGACCUCUGGCCUCGUUGCAAUUGCUGGAGAACUUUAUUAACCACAAGAAUAUCAGCGAGAAAAUACCGUAUUCCACGGAACCGGCGAGAUUAUUGAGUAAGCUUGGAAAUUAGAAAAAAAAUUUAAAAGCAGAAUUGUUAUUUUGCCUCUAAUUCUUUUAUUUUCAGGUCAAUACGAGCCCGAAUUGGUGGAUCAGCCGGCUCGACCGUUCGAGCCAACGAUUGGGCCAUUGGUUCCGGAGCCGACGCCUCCAGAAGAUGAUACGACCGACUCAACUGGUGAUGGUGGCGAUAAUACUCCCACACCAGCUCCAAAGUCCGCGUUAUCUCUCCAGUACAACGCUAUUUUGUUAUUGGUCGCGGCUUGGUUAUUGUUUUAG